UGGGUGCCUUUCCUCAAUGGAGGAGGUGGGGAUUGGCCUGGACCUGUAAGAGGAUGCCAAGGAAGGAGAGUUGCCUCCCUAAAGCGGUGGGAGGAGAAGGAAGAAGAAGAAGAGUUGGCAGCUCAGAUAUUUGCCUCAGAAGGAAAUUGAGCCUGGGAAGCAUUGUGCUCUUUUACCUACGGAAGGACAUCUUUUUAAAAAAGCUGAACGUGGCCUGCCGAUUUCUUUGACUCAAGUUAAGUUUAACUGUUUGCCUUUUGGAAAUUUUUCAGACGUCUCCUGAUAAGCCUGUGAAGAAACUGAGCCACGUUUUUGGAUUUUGAUAUUUCAUCUGGUUUUUUAAAAUAAGAAGUAACCUUUUUGGGGGGGGGGAGGGAAGGCUGCUGGACUUUAAAAGGAUACGGGGGAAAAACUCCAGCAAAAAUUGGGACAAAAAUGCCCUUUCCCAGGAUGUGUAAAUUCACCUGAAUAUUAUUAGGUGGGAAUAUGCAACACUGAAUGUCACUCCCCCCCUUUUUAUUUGUUAAUCACUUUUGUAUAUCCACUAGUAGAAACGAGGGGCUGAAUUUUUUGUAGCCUCUUGGGCAACAUUUUGGCUUUCGAGUAAGAUUUUUUAAAAUAUUCCCUUCCUCCUGGGUUUCUAAAAAUGGGGAUUUUUGUAAUUCCCUAGCGGCAUUUGCAUCUUGUACAGAAAACCUCUUUUAUUUCAGGACACUUCCUUCAGAAAGAAGCUCGUAAAAAGAAACCCCCUGGCAGAGACUCACCCAGCCCACCCUCCAUCUCCCCAGCCAUGUGGACUUUUCUAGGCAUUGCCUCCUUCAUCUAUGUCUAUAAGAAAUGUGGUGACUUGAUGAGUUACGCCAACAAGGAGGUGCUGAUCUCCAUGCUGGUGUUCUUUUCCCUUGGAUUGUUGCUUUCCUAUCGAUACCGCUCGCGGGGACUCAAACAGCACAAAGACAAGAAGCCCCAGCGUGGGCUGCUCUGUAACUUUCUUGCCACCGUGCCCUUCAUUGGAUUUUUCUGGACUAAAUCUCACACGGGACCUCAAGAAGAUCUCCAGCCUGGAUACCGAAAGGGUAGAAGGAAGGCCGAUACCCCACUGGAGACCACAACAGAGACUUCAACAGCUUCAGCGCUACCUCCUCAGUACGAUCCAGAGGUUAUCAUCGUGGGGUCUGGAGUGCUUGGCUCUGCUUUGGCAGUGGUGCUGGCGAGGGAUGGCAGGAAAGUGACAGUCAUUGAGAGGGAUCUGAAAGAACCUGACAGGAUUGUUGGAGAAUUGCUGCAGCCUGGUGGGUAUAACGCCCUGAAAGACCUGGGACUGGAAGAGGCAGUAGAAGGGAUUGAUGCUCACACGGUCAACGGAUAUAUCGUUCACGACCUGGAAAGCCAGUCUGAGGUUGAAAUCCCUUAUCCUCAAAGGUCGAACGGCCAAGUGCAAAGUGGAAGAGCGUUCCAUCAUGGACGUUUCAUCAUGGGUCUCCGAAGGGUGGCCAUGGCGGAGCCCAACACGAAAUUCAUCGAAGGGACAGUGCUCCAGUUGCUCGAAGAAGACGAGUGCGUGGUGGGAGUUUUGUACAGAGAGAAAGAAACUGGGGACACUACGGAACUCCAUGCGCCCCUUACAGUUGUCGCUGAUGGUCUCUUUUCGAAGUUUAGGAAGAAUCUUGUAUCCACCAAAGUGAAAGUCCCAUCCCAUUUUGUAGGUUGCAUUUUGAAGAAUGCACCUCAAUAUAAAGCCAACCAUGCUGAACUCGUGUUGGGAAAUCCAAGUCCGGUGCUUAUCUAUCAGAUUUCUUCUAGUGAAACUCGUGUCCUUGUUGACAUUCGAGGUGAAAUGCCAAAGAACCUUAAAGAAUACAUGAUUGAGCAAAUUUAUCCACAGCUCCCAGAGCACAUACAAGAGCCAUUCCUCGUAGCUGUUCAGAACAACCGGCUGAGGGCCAUGCCAGCAAGCUUUUUGCCACCUUCCCCUGUUAACAAAGCAGGAGUCCUUCUCCUGGGCGAUGCAUACAACAUGAGACACCCUCUAACGGGCGGAGGGAUGAGCGUGAUUCUGAACGAUAUCAAGAUCUGGAGGAGUUUACUGCAGGCCAUUCCAGACUUCUACGAGGACUCUGACCUCCUAAAGGCAAAAAAGACCUUUUACUGGGCAAGAAGGAAAAACCACUCUUUCGUCGUGAACGUCCUUGCUCAGGCCCUUUAUGAAUUAUUUUCUGCACCGGACGAUUCUCUGCAUCAGUUAAGGCGAGCCUGCUUCCUUUAUUUCAAACUCGGCGGCAAGUGUGUUUCCGGUCCAGUUGGAUUACUCUCUGUCUUAUCACCGCAGCCGGUGGUCCUGAUUGGCCACUUCUUUGCCGUGGCGCUCUACGCCGUCUAUUUCUGCUUCAAGUCAGAACCCUGGAUCACCAAACCGCGGGCGUUUUUCAGCAGCACGGCUGUGAUGUACCGAGCGUGCUCUGUAAUAUUUCCGCUCAUCUACUCGGAACUAAAGUACAUCUGUUAAACUGAGAAGAAGAGAAUAAACCCUGGGCUAGAGGGAAGACCGAGGAGGCUACCCUUCCUCCCCCUUCACCUUGUGGAUACGGAAUGGUUCAGCCCUCCCUCGGCUGAACCAGUUCUGAGCAAAUCCAGAACUUUUAUUGAGGACUCGGCUUUAUAUUUUUGUGAUAGGAUGUGUAUCUUUCUCUGUGUAGACAGGCAGCCUGAUCCUUGCAUACAGCUGGUAUGAGAUCUCACCUGCUCUGGCAAUUCCAGGUGUGUAAACCUGGGUACGUGUUUAUCCCUUCUCAGAUAGGGAAGGCGCUCAAGACCAUCAAAAUGCGGGGUGAGGUGAGGAAUGUGUUAGUUCCACACCUUCUGGGAAUAAAUACCCAGAAC